CAACAAAUAGUUGUUGGACUCGAGUAAGCUAACGUUACGUUAGCUAGCACAAGGACGAGGAGAGAAAACAGCGUCUUUGCAUUCAAGCGCUUCUCGGGGAACGUCAAUAAGCGGCAUGUCUUUGUUUUAAAAUAACAACCAAAAAGGAGAUUAUUGUUCAACAGUUAAAUCAUUUGGGUACGAGGACGAAACAUGCUCCGGACUAUGACGCUUGUUUUUCUCCUUGCCUAGUCGAGGAUUGUGAUGCGAGGUGCUCUGGUGAGACCACGAACGACAUUCGGAAAUGAUUUUUCUUGAACUAGAAUGAUUGACUCAAAAACAAAGCAUUUGGGUUUACCGAAAGGUGCUACACCGGUCUAGAUGUCAUUGUCGGGCAACUACUUUAGCUAGCUUCAUGCAUAUGAAAUAGUAUUUUGCUAACGUAAUGGAGGCACCGUGGGUACAGUUUUAGCUAGCUGGUCACCCAAAAUAUAACUAUAACGUUAGCUAGCUUCCACAUCCACUUUUAGAGUGUGCUGACCAACAAAAUACAGAAUACUGUAACAUAAAACGGCUAUCCAUGCACUUUGUCGAUAUCUAUCGUGGUCACCUAGCGUUAAGUUAGCUAGCCAAACAAGUAUAAACUAGAUUGAGACUAGCAGCAGAAUACAUUGUUUCUCGGUUAGGAGGAUUUGUCACGGUCGUUUGACACGAGGUGUUGCCUUUAUCUCUUGAUAAUUUCACAACAAUUUACCGUUCUUGGACAUGUGAUAUGGUCAAUUUAUCAAAGGUUUUCUGAAAUUACAAUUUCAGGCUAUAAAUAUCCUGAGCUGCAGGCACGCAUCACUUGUCAAACCAGUCAAAUUUGCUUGCUUGAAAGUUGUCAAUAAUGUGCGAAAUUAUCUCUUGAAAUAGUUCUGUGUGUGGGGACAAAUAGCUCUUUUGUCAAUCAAUUACGUUAACACUCAAAAAGCACUUAUAUUGUCAUUGACAAAGUUGGAAACAUUCUUGAUGAAAGCAUUUAUUUUACAAAUUAUGUUAGCUAUUGAAGGAUCAAAGACCAACAUUCAAAGGUUAGACUGACAUCUACUCAAAGGCAUCACUUUAAAUAUCUUGUGUCAAGUACAGAGUUCUUGAAUCCAGUCAAUUGCCAACACUGUCUUCCUGGAAAUGAAAAUAUGAAUGUCGAGGAGCAAGCUCUGGAUUUGUGCAAUGUCAAAAUGAAGAAUAAUGUUGGUGACAAUACUACCAAUAACUCGGAAGAGAUCAUUCCCCGGCUUUCGGAACUGAUGGAUGGAGAUUUGUGUAAACAAGGCAUUGGCAACGAAGCCGCCAACACGUCCUCUCUAGCCAAGCUCACAGACAACCCGCGAAGGGAGGACAACCACCGGUCAAAAGAGACACUAGAAAUCGACGAAGUGAAUGGGAAUAAGAACAACAGCGUCCCAGAUACCUCUGCAAUAGUCGGUUCUGACUUUGACGUUUAUCAUGACGACCAACGCCAAGAUGAGAGUAUCAAGGAUACAUCACCAUUGUCCCUCAUGUUUGCUAUUGAGGAAGGGGAUGAUGGUGGGGAUAUGGACAUUGGUGUGGAUUUGAGUCUGGAUGAAAGUGGCAUGUUGGAGUCAGAACCUACAGACCAGGGACCAUCCCUAGCAGAGGAGGCAUCCUCAAGCAGUACCAAUCCAGAUUCAUCGACUCCAGACGCUGUCACCGACAAGGAACCUGAGAAACCCUCAGAACAGGAGCACUCGCCACCUGUCACUGCCCCAGGAGAGGUCAUCUCUCCAGCCCUGGAUGAGGGGGAUGAUAAACACAAAAAUGGCAAGAGGGUGACUUUUCCUUCAGACGAGGAUAUUGUCUCUGGAGCAGUGGAGCCCAAGGACCCUUGGAGACAUGCCCAGAAUGUGACGGUGGAUGAGAUUCUCUCUGCCUACAGACAGGCCUGCGUGAAACUCAACUGUAAACCCAUCCCCAAAGUGCUUAAACAGAUGCAGGAGCUGAAAGACCUAACUCAUCGAAAUGAAUGCUUGGACCUUAAAGGUGAGAAGCUGGACUAUAAGGCGUGUGAGUCCUUGGAGGAGGUGUUCAAGCGGGUCCAGUUUAAAGUGGUGGACCUGGAGCAGACCAACCUGGAUGAAGAUGGUGCGUCCGCUCUCUUUGACAUGAUUGAGUAUUAUGAGUCGGCCACACACCUCAACAUUUCCUUCAACAAGCACAUCGGCACCCGCGGCUGGCAGGCCGCAGCCCACAUGAUGAGAAAGACGAGCUCUCUGCAGUACCUGGACGCCCGCAACACACCCCUGCUGGAUCACUCUGCCCCGUUUGUGGCACGGGCGCUCCGCAUCAGCGGCAGUCUUGCUGUGCUGCACCUAGAGAACGCUGGGCUCUCUGGACGACCACUGAUGCUGCUGGCCACGGCUCUGAAGAUGAACAUGAACCUACGGGAGCUGUACUUGGCUGAUAACAAGCUGAACGGCCUGCAGGACUCUGCACAGCUGGGCAACCUGCUCAAGUUCAACUGCAACAUCCAGAUACUGGACCUCCGCAACAACCACAUACUGGACUCUGGUCUGGCCUAUCUAUGUGAAGGCCUGAAGGAACAGAGGAAAGGCCUGGUCACUCUGGUGCUCUGGAACAACCAGCUAACACACAACGGCAUGGGCUACCUCGCAGCUGCACUGCCCUGUACCCAGAGUUUGGAGACCCUAAAUCUGGGCCAUAACUCUGUGGGGAACGAGGGUGUCCACAAGCUGAAGGACAGUCUGAUCGCCAACCGCUCGGUGCUCCGGCUGGGCCUGGCGUCCACCAAGCUGUCUUGCGAGGGUGCCGUGGCGGUGGCUGAGUUCAUCGCCGAGAGCCCCCGGCUGCUGCGUCUGGACCUGAGGGAGAACGAGAUCAAGACGGGGGGCCUCAUGGCCCUCUCCCUGGCCCUCAAAGUCAACACCUCCCUCCUACGCCUCGACCUGGACCGAGAGCCCAAGAAAGAGACUGUGAAGAGCUUCAUCGAUACGCAGCGUUCCCUGCUGGCUGAGAUCCAGAACGGCUGCAAGCGGAACUUCAUCCUAGCCAAGGAGAAGGAGGAGACCGAGCAGCAGAUGCAUUCGGCCUCCAUGGCCGAGAUCGCCACCGAGGACAGAACCAUAGAGGAGGACGGAGCUGAUUCCGGCGAGCUUGUUGAUAACGAUGGGAAAGACAGUGAGUGUGAGGGAGGAGAGGAAGGAGUGAAAGACACUGAGCGCCUGACUGAAAGCCAAUUGGCAGCGAGCUCUGAGGGAGUGGUGUUGCCUUUGCUUUUGGAGUCCGACUCGGACACGGACGAAGAAGAGGAUGAAGAGGUGGUUCUCUCUAAAGCUCCCUCCGUCUCCCCCACCCCCAAACACACUGGUCCUUCACUCCGGGCGGCGACAACUCAGCACCCCCUCAAUGCCUCGCAGACACCCCCCGUCCCCUCUGCCUCACCUGCUACGGGGUCUGUCAUUUCAGGGAUCACCGUCACAGAGUCCACGGGGGCCCCCGGUACGCCCCCCUCGCCGGGCCGCUGUAUCUCUGUGUCGAGCCCCGGGAGGGGCCACAAGAUCUUCAUGGUGACCAGAGUAGAGAGCCCAUCUGACCAACAGCAGUUCCAGGUCCUGGGGAAGAUUGGCCUGACCAAGCCCCAGGUCUCCAAAGAGUCGGUGGUGUCACUAGUGAAGGAAACCACACAGCAACCACAUCCUGGUUCACAACCCCCACAGGAAGAGGUGAGAACACAACCCCAGGCCACGCCCACACCACUGACACAGGAGCUGGUCCAGAGUUCAGACGACCCACAGACAGUCAACCCUAAACCGAUGGAGCAGAGUCCUGUUGCGCCAGAGCAACCCCCUUCAGAGGAGACCGUAGUAGAGACUCCUAAUGACCCGUCGGAGACGCUAGAACUACCAUCCAACCUCCUAACCCAGCCCUCUGAGGAGGAAGUGGAGGGCGUUCUAGACAGUUCUCAACCUGUACUGGCGGAGCAGAGCCCGCUAACAGCAGCCCAGACAUCACACUCACCCUCCCUUCCUACAGAAAUAGCAGCAGCAACACUAGCAUCACCCCAACAGACAGAGCAGAUGGUAGAGACAACUACAGAGCCCCGGCUAGAACAGUCUGCUGUUGAGCAGCAUUCCACUGAAGCUGCGCUGGAAGGAGAGGAGGGGGAGGAGGUGGUUGUGGUAAAGGAGGAGAGUCAGGACCUAGUAGAAGAGACACUUUAUGAACAGGCAGAGUCUCAAACCGACACAGAGGAGGAAGAUGACAUGCAGUCAGAACGGCUUCCACAGCAGGACCAGAGUCCGGAACAGGCUUGUGACACAGUUCAGCAACCGUUAGCGCCGCAACCGUUAGCACCUCAGCUAGCUACACAGACUAACACGAAGCCCCUGGGGAGUCUGCUUCUAACAGCACCGCUCCAGUCACAGCCUGAAACAGUGCAGCCAGACUCUGAGCUUCUGCCCCCACAACAGGAACCUGCAGAGACACUUCCACGGGCACAGCGACAGGUGGCGCCAGAGAGUCCGCCGGAGCAGCGAGCAACGGAGAGUGUAGCAGAAGCAGAAACUGAACAAGAACUGUAUCUGUGGGAGGAACAGCAGCAACUAGCACAACAGGCACUUCCUGUGCAGGUGGAACUGCAACAACAACAUCCUGUUCUAGAGGAACUACAGAAGCAGCAGCUUCAACCAGAGGGGCAAUCACAGACUACUCUUCCCGCUGAGCCCUCACCUGUUCCAGCCGAGACAGACACUUCCCUGGAGGUGGAGGGCCGUAGCUCCCGUCCCAAGGCAGAGGAGUCCCCAGACGAGAGCUCCACGGACGAGGUGGAGAGCGUGGAGGAGGUGGUGGGCUCGGCCCUUCCCAACGGCCUGAAGCCAGAGUUUGCCCUUCACCUGCUGGACCCCGAGGGCCCCAAGCCUGGGCCUGGCAGCUGUGUGAUGGAGCACGUGAGUGUCACAGGAGAGCUGAGCUGUGGUCAGGACCUGGAGGAGCUGUUGCUGGAGGCCAGCCUGGAGACUGGGAGAGACGCACCAUAGCUGUGUCAUGUGGUUCUGUAGGAGAGAGGAACACAGGACUCGUAUCGUCUCGGUGAAUCGGCUUGUUGCUCCUCCGAUUUUGUUGUCGUUACCAUAAACUCCUCACCACCCCCUCUCUAUGAAAACAGAGGACCAGUUGUCAUCUAAGUAAAAAGAAAAAAAGACCCAAAACAAUAAUCAUUGAGCUUCGUCACAGCAUAUAAGGAAUUCACUUCAACUGAAACGCGCGCACACUGUAUUGUAAAGAAAGUUUAACAAAAUAAACAAGAACGGACACUAAGAAAAUCACACUAACCUUUUGCCUGUCACUACAUUCCGUCAAUCAGGAAACCACACUCAUGCUGGGGGGGUGAGAAAGAGAGAGGGACGGAGGGGGUUUAUCACUGCGGUAACCAAAGACACAGGACACACACUGCUCACCCCCAGCUCCACCCCGACGUGUGUUCUUCAUAGUGUCGUGGGUAUGCACACUGACACAAAACCAUACUAUUGCCAUCUGCUGGACGAAAGAGUGUGCACAGCUGUGUGGGACUCAGACAAGAGGACCCACUGGCUUUGUGUGUCAUUCUCUGACAAUGACAGUGGGGCACAGAUGGUUUUAUAACCAAGGAAUGUGUGUGUUACAGUUUUACCUGCCCCCCACCACCACCUCGUAAGGGAUCUCUGCCAAAGUGAUUGCUUUCUUUUCUGUUCCUUCCCCUCCGUUGGCUUUGGCCCCCUCAGGAAUCGUCCCCUCCAGUGUCUCUCCAGCAACGCCCUGGGAACACCCAAACCAUCUGUCAUCUGCCAAAAGCACACGGUCUCAGUCACAAAUUAUGUUGGGUUUCCUUUAAGAAUCAGAUAGCGGAGUUACUCCAAUCUAAAGCUUUCUGGAAACCUCUGUAAAUGUUGGAAAACAAAAUGUCUGCCUUGACGGAGUAAUGCCGUUCAUUACGGAGGAAGUCUACCCUUUUUUCUCUUCUCUUUUUUUCUCUCUCGACUGGACAGUUAUCAGACGUUCUUUUCCAGAUGGAUAUUUUUUUUUUGGUCUCCGACCAGAGUGAUUUAAAUGUAGUGUGACACUCAAUAGGAGUAUAAAUAAAAAGCAGGUCUGACCGUCUCUCUCCUUCAAGUUCUCCCUCUUUCUUUGUAUUUUGCAGGUACAACACUGUGCCAUCUCAUUUCCCAACUCAACACAGGAUAAAUGUUGCCUUCGACUCGACUAGGUUUAAUUCCAUCUCUUUUUGUUUUGCUGCUUGGAGAAAUCAGUCGUUUUGUAUUUAUUUUAUAGUUGUAUGAGCCUUUUCUUCGUGUGAUUUAUUUUUCUCCCCUUCUCUUCCUCAUUUUAUUAGUUAUUUUCCGUGGGGUUUGCUUUUAAAGAUUUCCCCAUUUUGGUGUAUAUUUCAGAUUCAAAUUAGAGCAAUUAUUAUGUUUCGGUGUUUUUUUGUUGGGGGGGAGGGGUAGAUAAGAGUAUGCUGGGUGGCAGUAUCAACGGAUAUGGCAAUAAGGAGGGGGGGAGAGUGCAGUUAUGAAAAUGAAUGUUUUCCUAAGGAGGAGCUAUGUGAGGGAUGGUUUACUGAGAGACUUCCUGUGCUGACUGAGAGACUUCCUGUGUUGAAACUUGACAUCUUAAACACCACUGUGCUAAGGCCACGUGGGAGCGCUGGGGAUAUUGGUGUUUUCCUUGUAGGCCAGGAGGACAUUGAUAUGAACACAAACAGGUGGGUAAAAGUUUUGAGUGAACACAGGGGUACCUCUGUCUUGUACCAUCUUGGGACAUAUGUGAGCCUGAAUGCCCACCACUGUGAACCUAUGGGCCAGGUACCAACGGCCCUAUUCAACCGGUAUCUAGAAGGUUCCAGGGUAAGGCAAAAAAAGGUGAUUUCUUACAGUGCAAGAAGAAGACAGGUUUGUCUCAGCUGCGGGAUCCUCUGUAUAUAGGUUUUGGUUGAAUAGAGCCCCUUGUCUCAAUCCCACUGUUCUCUCUCCCCUGGUCAACCAGGUUGUUUCUCAGCCCGGGUAAUCAUGUCUGUGCUGCCCCUGCUGUUUGUAAUGCUUUCAUUUUUAGUCAUUUUUAAUUAUUUGUUAAAUUAAUCGAAAUGUGCUGGUAAUCACAUAUGUAUGGCAAAUCACUUUUGUUCCUCUCUCAAAUAAAUGCAUGUACUGACUAAUGAAGUGACGGAGUGUUUCACUGGAAAUACUCUUUGGGAACUGCAUUGGAUGUUCUGCGUGGAAAUGAUUUGGAAUUUUCGGAAAAUAUUUAAUUUGACGGACCAUCAUAUUUAGGACAAAGUACUGUAGGUCUGAAAGUCUAUUUUGCACUGCUAUUCUGCUGGUUAGUACCAUCCCAUCAACAAGCAAGUUAAAUGCUGCUAGUGUUUCCAUGUUUCUCUUCUUUUUUUGUCUUUUUUCUUUUGUAUGUUUAAGCAAAUUAGCCAAUGGCCAUAUUCCAGUUAUUCAGAUGUAGAGAAGAAGAAUUUAUUGGUCAAGGUGACAUGGACCUAAAAUGGCUUUCUAUACGAGGAAGGAAAUGGUAUGGCUUUAACUGACAAUGUCACAGCACAUCAGUUUUAGAGACUCAAGUUUUUUUUUUAAAGGUCUUUGUAGGAGGCCUUUGGUAGUGUUUCAUAAGCCUGCUGGUAGUGUUUCAUAAGCCUGCUCCAAGAGUGUUCUAACCCACAUUUUAACAAGUUCUGGAGCUUUGAGACAUUAGAACCAGACUAGAGAGAGGAAGGAAGGCAGGGAUGGAUGGAGUGAGAGACUGCCUAUGCAAAAUGACUAUCACCUUUGUUGGUAUCAGGUUGGUGUGAUGAUCUCUGGUGUGUCAGAGAGAUGGAAUAAGAAUACUGUGUAUCUCAAUGGGUGUUGUCCUGUCGUCUUUCGUUCGGAUGGGAUGUGACCUGGUCUGAGUUGUAUUAGGCAAGGUGAUACUGCUUUGUAUUGAAGGAAUUAUGAGGCUUAAUGUAAGAGGGUACCAUGUUACCUGUCCGAGAUCUAAAAGACAAAAGUAGUAAUCCACUUCACACAGAAUCCACGGACACAAUGUGGAACUACAAAUAACAAUAGUGGAAAUCUGAUUUGCAUACCAGGUCCAAGGCCCAGUACAAGAGCUGACCGAUAGCUUGGCCAGACUAGUGACCCCUCUUUCAAGAGAGGUAUUGAGAGAACAGGAUCUGUUUGAUGCUUGCCAUUGUUUUAUCUUAUUUCAAUGUAUUCUAUGGAUUCCUAUCAUAAAUGUUCUCCUUUUUUUUUGCCAAUAGGACAUGUGUACUGAUAUAGAGAUGGUUCUUUUAAAAAAAACAUUUAGACCACUCGGAUCAGCGAUCGUGUCCUACUAUGACAUGGCAUACUUGAAGUAUGAAGUGGCAUCUUGGCCAAGCAUUCAGUACUAUUCUGGUAUGGAUGUUAUUCCCUACUAUGUUAAAACUCAAAAAGGUCUGUCUUUUCUCCAGAUUUCUUGGGAUGGCAUGGCUCAAUCUGAACUUUCCAAAAAUGUGACCAAACUUUAAGAUGGGACGUUGAGGGGUGAGGCAGUUCACCGCCCCCCUCAGAGACAGGCUCAUGGGGCGUGGGGGAUUGUGUGUGUGUGUGGGGGGGGGGGUAAUUCUUUUUUUUUUUUUUUUUUUUCAUUACUAAUCUGGUUCUGAAGGAAUUCCAGCCAAUAUUAAUCCAACCCCCCCCCCCGCUGCUUAUAUGAAGAAAGAUCAUGAGAAAGAGGAGAGGAGAGGGGGCUAGAGAAAGCCUUAAACAUAAACUUCAUAAGCGAAACUCAGCAUCUCCAAAGCUCCCUGAAUUACAGAGGGUAAAAAUACAUUUAAGGACCAUUCUCUUUCUGUAUAGUAGACACGCGUGAUCUGGAUUGGAUAGAGAGACUAAGGGCAGGACCUUCUGGAAUAAAUUUAACUCAACACCCAUGCGAACAUUAACAUGUAAUAGCUCUUUUUCCUUCAUGUUUCGUCCCUUCCCUACUGUAUCUAUGCAAGUAUUUCUUUUGUUCUACUUUUCCCCAGCCCAAACUGCCACCCAUGAAAAGGCUUAAAUCCACAAGGAAAGCAACACUGAAAACUAAUUAAAAGUGACCUUCAGUUCUAAGUCUGCUUUUCUCAGCCUCCCCGUUCACCUUUUAAUUUCAGUAAAGUUAGAAGUAGUGCAGUGGGUUUCUGCUCUCAGUACACCUCACCUGAAAUACACUAGUGUUGUCUUUAGAGUACAGGCAGACUUAUGAGGUAGAAUCAUAUAAGCAAUGAUAUUGUGCAAUAUUGUGACCUGGGGUGUUUUUGUAGAUUCACCUACAUCUCAUAAUGUGUUCUUCUAAACUAUCUAUGAAGGUACAAUGUCAUGUUUUUGUUUAUUUGGGUUCAAGUUUUACUGCAUUUAUGGAUUUUGUGUAUAAUCUUGGUUGAAAUAAAGGGUUUCCUAAUUUC